AUGGCGGGCCAACCAGGCACCCAUUUCCUCUUUAAGCGCCGAGGUGCUGCUGACAAAGCUCCCGAUUACUCCCAGUGGCAGAGUCGUCCAGCGCCAAUACCUCCUGCUCCUCCUGCGCCUCCUGCUCCUCCUGCGCCUCCUGCACCUCCAGCGCCUCCUGCUCCUCCCGCUCCGCCUAUCGUCGUCAUCAACGGUGUGCCCAUUCUGCAGCUUCUCCCUCGUGGCUACUCUGCUUUCGAUGCGUACAUCUCCGAGCCCGAGCACGAGCCCGAGCGCAGCGACGAAGAUGAAACCGGUCCCGGUCUUUCGCCACGUUGGGGAGACCCGGAAGACUGCCCGCACGACGAAUCCGCCACCGGUGCCGAAGACGAUGUUGAGUGGUGGGCGGCCGACGGUCUUCCCGAGGACUUGCCUGUCCCAAGUUUUCCCCCGCCCAAUAAAAAAAGGCCCCACCCCUGCACCCAGAAUCGUGAUUCCCGCCCCUCGUCUCCCAGGAGCAGGCGCUCAAGGCACAAGCGGCACUCCUAUACUUCUCAGGAGAAGCUGCACUGGAUUUCACAGCUGGAGUCCGGUGCCGUGAGUAUGCGGAAGAUGGCACGCGACUCUGGUAUCUCCCGAAAGUCCCUCGCAGUAUGGAAAUCGCGGAAGGGUGAGCUGGAGGGCGCGCAUGGGGCUCGCAAGCGUCUUCACGGGCGUGGUCGGUCGUCGUGGUAUCGCGACAUGGAGAUCCAGGUCUACUCACGAGUACUUGCCGCCCGGAAAAAGUGCCUCGCAGUGUCGGUCGGCCGCCUGCAGCAGUGGUCGCGAGAGGUGAUGAAGAGCCUGCAUCCUGAGUUCGUGCGACACACCCGCCGACAGUACGGAAUCGACAACCGCUGGAUCAUAAAUGCUGAUCAGACCCCGCUCUGGCUCGAAAUGCCAGCUGAACGCACUGUCGAGGAGGUGGGGGUCCGCUCCGUGCCCAUCCGCAGCGGCGGCUAUCAAAAGGAACGCGUGACGGUGAUGCUUGCGUGCACCGCCAGCGGCGAGAAGCUCAAGCCCUGGGUGUUCUUUAAGCGCAAGACAGUUCCAAAGGGGAAUUUCCCCUCCGGUAAGCCGAGCAGCUUGUGCAGUCCCGGUAGCAUUUGA